CCCCCCGGCCCGCCCCGGAGACGGGCGCAAGGCACUGUGGGAACGGCCCGUCCGCGGUGGCGGGGUGUGUGUGUUUGGGGGUGGGGGGGGGGCGUGGGGGUAAGGCGACGGGCGGCGAACUACAACUCCCGGCAGGCUUUGCGGCGGGCGGAACCCGGCUUCCGGCCGGCCCCGGGAGGCCCGCCCGCGCGCGCGCGGCGGGGUGGUACGGUGGGGCACAGCAGAGCGCGGCGCGGCGUGGCGCGCGUGGAGUGCGGUGCGUGCGUCUGUCUGUUUGUCUGUCUGUCCGUCCGUCCACCCGCCAGCUCCCGCCAAUAUGUUCAGGUACCGCGGGUGUGUGCGGCCUCGGGCGGCGGGGGGAGCGAGCCCCGCUCUGCCCGCCCGUGCGCGGGAUGAAGGUUCGGGGGAGCCCCGAGGGUCGGAAGCGUUCGCGGCUCCCGGAGCAUCGCGGAGCACUGCGUUCCUCCCGAGCGGUGGCGGCGGGAAAUAGUGCGUGGAUCCUGCGGUGCCUGGGUGUGCGCCGUUCGUGGGGCCCCGGCUGCGGGGUCUCCUGGAAUCUCCCAAUUCCCGCCGCUCCCGCCUCCGGGCAGCCCGCGGGGCGGUGGCGCUCUCGUUGUCCGUGCAGGGCUGGCGGGGUGGAGCAGAGCGGAGCACUCUCCGUUUCCCCCCGGCGGACGGUCCCGCCGUCCUCGGCCCUUGCUCGGGACCCCCCGGCUGUGCUGGGUUUCCGCAGCACGGUUUGGGGCAGAAGGGGAUAACGGGGGCCCAGCCGUAGCGCAUCUCCUCCGCCGGCUUCUCUCACCAGUCCCCUGCUCGCCCGCUGGACCGACCCGGGAACCGGGUUUGCUUGAUGCCUGACGGGUUGUUGCCAUGAGUCUUCCUGAUGAGCAAACGGCUCAGCGGACCCGACACUCGUAACGGCCCCGCGUGGGGAUGUGGGUUCAGUGUUACUGUGAAACGGUUCUGUGUAUACGCGGUGGCUUCAGAGCCUAUGGGUUUUGCUAUCUCCAUAGAAAACACCUCAAGGAGAUCCCAUCCUCCAGCAGCAAUGUGUCCACCAGCUUCACGUGGGACUUGGACUGUGACUCCAGCAGGACCUCAGAGCUUCUCUCUGGCAUGGGAGUGUCUGUCCUUAAGAAGGACAAGCUGGACAAUGAAAACACACCACAAGAUGUGCUGGGGUCAUUGCCCUGUUCGCACAAACGGCAGAAGGUGAAGGAGAGGGACUUCGUCAUUGUGCGCCGGCCUCGGCUGCUCCGAGAGUCAGGUGUUUCUUGGGAUACGCUUCCAGAUGAAUUGCUUUUGGCCAUCUUUGCAUAUUUGCCCCUAAGCGACUUGCUAAGAGUUUCCGUUGUUUGCAAGAGAUGGCAUCGUCUUUCGUUUGAUGAAUCUCUCUGGCAGACUCUUGAUCUGGCUGGUAAAAUUCUGCUGCCAGGAGUGGUUGGACAGUUGCUGCCUGCAGGUGUUACUGUGUUCCGCUGCCCACGAUCUUGUAUUGGGAACCCGUUGUUCAAAACAAGCAAACCUCUCAAACUCCAAUGUAUGGAUUUGUCGAACUGCACAGUGUCUGUUGCAGAUCUCCAGAGUAUUCUUGGUCUGUGUGAAAAGCUGCAGAACCUCAGCUUGGAGGGACUAGUGCUUUCUGAUGACAUCAUCAAGAAUAUUGCUCAGAAUCCCGGUUUGAUGCGACUAAAUCUCUCUGGAUGCUCAGGGUUUGCUGCAGAACCCUUGGAGCUGAUGUUGAGCAGCUGUUCUAUGUUGGAUGAGCUGAACUUGUCCUGGUGUAACUUCACAGUCACCCAUGUCAAAGCAGCAGUCAAUCAUGUUACUUCAAAAGUAACCCAAUUAAAUUUAAGUGGCUACAGACAGAAUCUACAAAUGCAAGAUGUUCAAACACUGGUGGAAAGAUGUCCUUUACUUGUCCAUUUAGAUCUAAGUGACAGCGUGAUGUUAAAUCCUGAGUGUUUCCAGUAUUUCCAUAAACUCAGCUGUCUACAACAUCUCUGUCUUAGCCGAUGUUAUCAGAUAUCCCCAGCUGCCUUAGUAGAACUUGGUGGAAUUCCAACAUUAAAGAGUCUUCAGGUAUUUGGAAUCGUGACUGAUGGCUCUUUACAGAUCCUCAAGGAAUCUCUUCCUGAUGUAGAGAUCAAUUGUUCAUACUUCACAAGUAUUGCAAGGCCAACUGUUGGUAGUAAAAAGAGCCAUGAGAUUUGGGGCGUCAAAUGCAAAUUGACACUGAGAAAUCCUAGUGGCUUAUGAUCAGGUACAAUGCACUGGAUGUAAUGGACAGAGUGUGUAUUGAAGCUCCUUAAGAACCAGAAUGCCGGAGCACUUUUAAGGGUAGUAUUGUUAUUGUAAAACGCAUUUUAACUUGGUUUUAUGCCUUAAUGUAGUUUCAUAAAUACUCUCACAGUAUUUUUAUACUUAAAGCCUUUAGAAAUCUGGUAAUGUAGGAGCAAUUCUGGAUUUUAUUUUUUUUUUUUCUGUAACUGGGGAUAUUUUUUCAAAAAUACUGUGAAACAACUAUUGUAAUCAAACAGUGCCAGCCUAUAGCAACUGUUGCAGGUUCUGAUGCAGCUUUUGGUGCUCUAAGGUGUUCUAAAGGUGCUUCUGGUUAACUGUACCAGUUCUACAACUCUUGAAACGGCUUGUAGGGGUGCUAGAUAUUUUAAUAAGGCUCAUUAAGAAAUUGUCUUCAUCUGAGUUUGCAGACCUCAAAACGAAUAAUGGCUUGUCCUGGGUUCAGCUAUAGCAGUCAUUUUUCUCCUUCUUAGUAGCUGGUGCAGUGCUGUGUUUUUUAACUUUCAGCCUGGGAACAACGCUGAUAACACUGAUGUUUUUAGUUGUUGCUAAGUAAUGUUUAUUCCAACCAAGGACUUUCUCAGUCAAAAGUUAAGCACGACAUGGCUUUAAACCUAUUUAAAUGCUUAAUUGAACAAGAUGUGUAGUAAGAUGAGAAGCUACCCACUGUUUGUGAGAGGGACAGAGGACUGAAUUUGAAUUUACUAAACCUGAAAACAGAAAAUAGGGGAACAGAUGUUCCCAGAAAAGCAGUUCAAUAAUGCACAAGUGAGAAAGUAGUAUAAAGGAGACAGUGAAGUUUUUCUUUAGCAGACCACAAAGAUAACACCUGUUUUAAUAUUCUUAUUAGCAAAAUACAGUUUGAAAAACCCAUUCAGGACAAGCGUAUGUAAAUGUAGAUGCUGGUUAUCAAUUCUUUUAUGUUGUGGUGCUGUUUUCUGAUUCAGUAUUACAGAACCUUAUUGUAGCUUCUAUGAGCUUGAUCACUGAUAAAAACUUGUAAAAAAUGUUCUCUUACUUCCUUUAAAGAAUAAGAUCUUUCAACUGCAACUCAUAAACUGUCAGAAAUCUUGCAGGAGGAGGGCUCAAAUGAUUAUAGAUCUUGUACCAAAACCUGGUACUGCAGUAUGAGUGCUGAAAGGAGUAGAUGCUUUGGUGCUAUAAGAAACAUCAAUGUAUUUUUUUUUUUUUUUUAUAAUAGCUUAUGUUUGUAGUAUCGCUUCUCUUGUAUCUGUAACACUAAUCACUACUGUCUAGUGUUGGUUUUUUUGAAGUCCUAUGAAAAGAUGAGUAACUGUCCAAAACCAAACUAAGAAUAUGAAUGCAAACUUCUGUCUAUGUCUGUCAUGACGGUCCUUUUGUGUAACCGUGAAAUGUUCCAGCAAAUGUGUUGAGAAGUCCUAGGGUAAAACUUGUACCCUGUGUAGGACAUGAAGAUGCUGCUGUUGUUCCCAUGAAUGCAGGAAUCAAGCAGAUGGUGUUUAUUCAUGGAUGUUUAAGGUGAGCCUACAGCAUUACUGUAGGAUUGUUGCAUAGUUUAUAGUGUUUUCCAUCUCAAUCUGAAGAGAAGUGCUCAGGAAUAAAUACCUGGUAGUACAGAACGGAUUCAUUACUGUGGAAAGAUUGUAUGAGGACUAGAAUUUGAUAUUUAACUUGACUUUCUAUAGUAUAGCAAACACAGCAUUAUCAUGUUAAUCUGCUCUGGUUUGGUUUUUAUUAACAGUGUUAGUGACACUGAGAAUCACAGAAUGGUUAGAUCUGGAAGGCACCUUAAGAUCAUAGAGAUCCAACCCUCCUGCCAUGGUCUGGAAAGCCUUACACUAGACCAUGUUGCCACUUGAGCUACUACUGGGCUUGUGCCCCUUACGAAGGAGUUAAAGGGCAAUAUGCCUUGUGAAAACUGGAGUGGAGAAGUGAUGGGAGGUUGGAUAUUGAAUAUUGUGUUGCUUCACAGUUUGCAGCCUUACGUGUAUGCCUUAAAUUACUUCAAAAGUAAAUCUCUGCAGCUCAGCACUACUGUAAAUUCUUCUUCUUCCUAUGUAUCAUGUAACUCCAUACAACUUCUUUUGCAUUUAAUAAAGAUCUGAAUCAGGUAUGUUGUACAAAAUGA